AUGGAGCCGAGCACAGAAGAGGACCGUUUUUCAGAGGAGGAGGAUACUAGGGAUUGGCAAAGACCACCCUCCAGCUAUGGUUCGAUGAAAAGUGAAGAUGAGGACGACACCGCUUCGGGAAUGGAGGAAGAUGACAAAGAGCAACAACAAUGUGAUCUAGAAGUGGCUGUAGUUUUCAAUCGCCCUACUCCGGUGCUGGCCCGGGAUGCAGAGGUCUUUGAGGGGGCUGGGGUGCAGAUGAAUCGUCCGACAUCUCCAGAGAGCCAGUACACCAUGACGACGAUUCAGACCAAACCACCCGGAGCUAUUGUUAUUGAAGCCAGCAGGGCUUUUGAUAUAGAGCCAUUUACAGAUGGACAUGAAGAUGAAGAUGAAUAUGAUGAGGAUGGGAGUAUAGUCAACUCCCCUGAACCACCGGAGGCAAUUGAACUAGAAGAUGAUCAGACCAUGGACAGUCACGGACAGCCAGGCAGACUUCACCCUGACCAGGAUCUGCCCCAUGUGUUUAGGAAUAUACAGGAAGCGUUGAAAGACCUUAACAAAGAAGAACUCUACAAAUUUAAGAUUAACUUUCACCAACGACAGUCAGAUUUUACUCUUAAACAAAUGUUUGAUGGGGAUUUACUUGAUUUUGUGGACAAGAUUAUUGAAGUUUUUGGCCAGGACCGUGCUCUUUUAAAUACGAUAAGUACCCUUGAUAAUAUCACCAAGAAAAGAGAAGCACAAGAACUACAAGUCAAAUGCAAAAAAGCUUUGAUCCGCUCGAGUCUGAAGCUAGAUAUUAUUAGAAAAUACGAAUACAUCUUUGAAGGGGUUCCACAACCAGGAAGACGUAAUCUUCUGGAUGAAGUCUACGUUGAACCAGAGAUCGUCCAUUAUGCUUGUGGAGGUGGCCCUUCUCAUGAGCACGUGCAGUCACCAGGUCAAACUGCAGCCGCUGGCUCUUUGGUCAGCCUGAACAACCUGUUUCGAAUGCAGAGGCCUGAUGGUCGGCCUGUACGAACUGUAUUAACUUCAGGAAUCGCAGGCAUCGGCCUGACUACAUCUGUUGGAAAAUAUUGUUAUGAUUGGACAAAACAUCGAGCGAAUAAGGAUUUACAGUACGUGAUCACACUACCAUUUAGUUCUUUGUGGAUUUUGAGAAACAGAAAUCCUUCUGGCUCAGAGAAAAUGUCCAUCAUGGAUGUCAUAGAAUAUCAUCACUCUUUGUGCAAAAGCAAGAUGUAUCUAGAAGAUGCAGAGUGCAAGUUUCUCAUCAUCAUGGACUCCUUUGACUGCUACCAAACUGCUCUGGACUGGAAGAAUUCUGUCAUCAUAAAUGAACUCCACACUCCUGCCAGCAUGGAUGACUUAAUUGUAAAUCUCAUCGGGGGCACUCUUCUUCCAAACGCACAGUUGUGGAUCUUAGGUCGACAGGGUGCGGUCUCACACAUUCCAUCAGAACAUGUAGAUGCCUUCACUGAAAUGAGAGGAUUCAAUGAAGCGAUGAAAGAAAACUACCUGACCAGACGCUUCUUACAAAAGAGAACUGAAAUAGGAGCUAAAAUUGUGGCUCAUUAUAAAAAACUACCCGUACUCUGCGAUUUAACCAGGCAGCCAUUCAUCUGCUGGAUGGUGGCCAAAAUCUUUGGUCAUAAUUUUGAAAACAAAGAAGCCUAUGGGAGAUAUCCCCCCAAGCUGACCCCAUUCUUUGUGAAUACUGUAAUCAUUCAAACCAACCGCAGACUGCAGUUCUACUACAAUCAGCCUGAAAAUAGCCUGAAAUGGUCCGAUGAAGACCAACAGAUGCUGAGAAACUUGGGGAAAAUGGCUAUGAAAAUGUUGGAGCAGAGGUCACCUGUUUUUUCAGAGGAGGACGUGAAAGCUCACGGUCUGGAUGUUUCUGAUGUCUCUGUCUUUUCUGGUCUGUGCACUGAGCUGCUCCCAACCUCCUCAGGACAGAGACGGUUCCGUUUCAUUCACAAUUCUGUUCAGGAGUUCAUGGCCGCCUUGUAUGCGUUUACACUUUUUCACGUGGAAUCCAAAAACGUUCUGGAAGAUAGUCGAAGCGGCCGCACGGCACUCGCUGCGUUUGUCUUUAAUCCGCAGAGCAAAUCAGCAGCCGACCUCGUACAGUGUGCUAUAGAGCGGACCUUCACUGCACCGAGGGAACAGUAUGACAUGUUCUUGAGGUUCCUGUGUGGCCUGCUGUCUCCUGACAACAACAGCCCACUGGGAGGCUAUCUGUACCCUCGCUCUAAAGACAAGGGUGUUCAGAACGAGGUGAAGUUGUUGCUGGAGAGGACAAUGCAAACAUGUCCACAGGAUAGACUGGAAAACAUACAGGAAUGCCUUCGAGAACUGACCCAGGUGGACCUUUAG